AUGCAUCCCGCGGCUGAACAAGAAUAUCACAGGAUUGCCCAAGUUGAGGAUGUCUCUCAGGACAUAUGCAAAUUAAUCGCCAAGUCAAUUGUGUCAACUCGUCACAAUCACGAAACUUUGCAAAAGGUUCAAAACGACUUGAAAGUGAUUAACUCGGAGGCGGGAGAAGAGGCGAAAAAUUUGCACGAACGUUUGAAUUGGCUAAAGGAUCGCGUCAAGGAGAAAACUGAAGCGUUGAAGCCAAGGAUGGCCGAGAAAGAAGAGAACGCUGAGAUGCAUUUCGAGGGUCGAUCAUCGGCAAUCUCGGAGUGGACUCUGCUAUCACUUGAACAUGAAAUCGCCGAACUUGAAAAGCAGAUGCUCGAAUUGGACAAGUUCGUGAGAGAGGCGAAUAAAUAUACUGAAGACAUGGUGACCCUUCAGGAUGAUUGCGAAGAGAUCCGCACACGUCAACGAAUUCUCAACCGAAUGCCCAAUCGACCAUCAACUCGUGUUGGUGGAGGUUCUCAUGAGGUGGCUCGUGUUUUGCUGCGUGCCGAGGAGGUGUUGUAUUUUCUUUGUGAAUCAAAGGAGGCCGACGUGCUCUCUGAGGUCCCAAUCGUUCUUAAAGAAGUAGACGAGCUUCGUCAUGCCGCUGAACAAGCAUCUUUGUCGAACAAGGGCGAAGCAUAUCGCUAUUUGGCUGACGUUGACUGCGACACCGGCAACAUUUUGGCCAUUCGCGAGAAUCGAGCUUCACAGACUGUACGUGUUGGUGCUGUGAAUGAUGAGAUGAACACGUCGGCCACUCCAAGCGUCGUC